AUGUCCGUCUCCACGCGUUACGUGCCGCACUCGGAGCAGACAAAGACGCACUAUGAGCGAUUUCUGCGGGAUCUGCGGCGUUGGCUGCCGCCCGGCCUCGAUGACGAAAUUGGCGAAAUCGCCGAGGAAACGCUCUCCAUUGUGUGUCGCGCAGGCAGCGGAGCCGCCGCGGGGGGCUCCACGCAGCAGCAGCUGUUGCGGAAACAACUCGAAGGACUCUUCGACACUCCGCUGAGUGCCGAGGCGCUGCAUGAGGUGCUGCAGUACGGCCGACUGAUUGACGACUUUGUCGUGGUGGAAGAGGCGGUGGAGACGGGGAGGAGUGAGCAAACCGCUAACGGAGUGGACCACCGCGCCGGUGACACCGCCGCCGCGUGGGGCAAUGGACUGGGGGACUUGCUCAUCAUGCAGCAGGAGGAGGAGGAAGGCGACGCGGAGGACUCCUCUGACGUCGACGACAAUGAGGCCAGGGUGGCCCGCGACAACCGACGGGAACUAAUGAAGUUUGCCGCAGAUGUGGAGGGGCUCACAGCCAACGACGACGAGGACGACGAUGAGGACGCAAUCGGGGACAACAAUAACAGCGCUGGUCGGGUGCCACGCGUGACAUUUGAGGAAGUCGCAUGCAACCCCAACUACGUCCGUGACUCCCUGCGCCGGCUAUUCCCCACACAAACGGUUGAGGAGUGUGACGUUCAGGCGGAUCGUGUACUGCAGUAUGCCGGGCAGCGGCAGGUCGAUCAACUGACGCUUGAGACCCAACUCACUGCCUUCCUCGGCGGUUACGACGAUGAGACGGUGAUGGAAUGGAUUGCCACCGUCGCCGCCUCGCGUUGGGCGAUUGUGUACGGCAUGCAGUUUGCUGAGGGGCACAACCAGCAGGAGAAGCAAGCGGUUAUGGAUGCUAUGAAAGCGCACGCAAAGCAGGACUGUCUUGUGGAGCGGUUGUAUCAGAGUGUCACUGGCAAAGAGAUAGGGCCCAAGGCCGACAACGAUAACGAGGAGGGAGACAUUGGCGAGCUGAAGCCGCUGCGGCGGGUGGAUUUGGAAGCCUACGCGUUUAAAGAUGAGAGCACGCCGCAUCGUCUGACACGUGCGGUUGUGCCACAAGGCACACAGCGGGCGGUAUUUGAAACACAUGAUGAGGUGAUACUUCCGCCCACGGCGGCAGCCACAGGUGACUGCGCCUGCACACCUCUGAGUGCCUUUCCGGCGUGGGCGCAGGUGGCAUUCCCGGGUAUGACACAACUCAACCCCAUGCAGACCAGAACCUUUGACUGCGCCUUUGGGAGUGAUGAGAACAUGUUGGUGUGUGCACCAACAGGGGCAGGAAAGACAAAUGUAGCGAUGAUGGCAAUGCUGCGAGCCAUCAGUAAUGCCAUGACGCCUAGCGGAGCGAUCAAACUGCGUGAACUGAAGGUGGUUUACGUGGCACCGAUGAAGGCAUUGGUGCAGGAGGUGGUACGCACCUUCUCUAAACGCCUUGACCCACUUGGACUAACCGUCAUGGAACUCUCCGGGGACUCCAAUGCGAACCAAACUCAACUGAACGAUGCGCAGCUUAUCGUGACAACGCCCGAGAAGUGGGACGUGGUGACGCGGAAGUCAAUUGAGCUGGGCGUGGCGGCACUGCUGAAGCUGCUCAUUCUGGAUGAGGUUCACUUGCUCCACAACGAGCGUGGACCGGUAUUGGAAGCGAUUGUGGCAAGAACUAUGGAGCAGCAACAACUCCGUGGUGAGGCGGGUAUUCGUAUUGUGGGGCUAAGCGCCACCUUGCCCAAUCACGCGGAUGUUGCGAGUUUUCUACAGGUUGACCGACAGCGGGGCUUGUUUGUGUUUAACAGCUCCUUCCGGCCAAUUCCGCUGCAGCAGACUUUUUGUGCCAUCAAGAAGGUGCGUGGGACGAACCAGGUGGCGGUGAUGAACCUGGUUGCGUACGACAAGCUACUGCAGGCGGCGAUGAACGGGGAGCAGACGAUGGUGUUUGUGCAUUCCCGCAAGGACACCGAGUACACUGCCAUGUACAUGAUACGGCGGAUGGUGGAGGACAAACGGACGCAGUACUUUGUACGCUCAGGCAGUGAGUCGGAGCAGCUGCUACGUGAGGCGGCAGGUAACCCCUCGCUGCCGCUUCGACCGAGCCUGCAGCAAAUGCUUCCAAUGGGCUUCGCCGUGCACCACGCCGGAAUGAGCCGUGAGGAGCGCGAGGUUGUAGAGACGCUCUUUGCCGAUCGGCACGUGCGAGUGUUGGUUUGUACCUCAACCCUUGCCUGGGGUGUUAACCUGCCUGCGAACCAGGUGAUCAUCAAAGGAACCCGCAUUUUUAACGGUGCGAGGGGGGAGACAGAACUACUCAGUGCGUUGGAUGUUCUACAGAUGUUUGGCCGUGCUGGUCGUCUGGGAUUUGGCUCAUCGCUGGGAAGGGCCGCCGUCAUCACGAAUGCUGACGACCUGCACUACUACCUGAGCGUGCUAAACGACCAGCUUCCCAUUGAGUCACAGAUGAUGCGGCGGUUAAUUGACAUGCUCAACGCGGAGGUGGUGCUUGGCCAUGUGGGCAGCGUCGCGGAAGGGGUGCGGUGGCUGCAACGAACAUAUUUGUACGUUCGAAUGCAGCGUUCACCGGAACUAUAUGGAGCACGGGCCAGCAAUGCCGACCCACUUUUCCUGCGCCAUCUGGAGAGGAUUGUGCACACUGCAGCAGAUGACCUUCGGCGCUGUCAACUGGUCGACUACGACGCACACGCCCGGCGCAUCUCCCCCAGGCCGUACGGCCGAAUUGCAUCCUUUUACUACAUCACAGCCGCCUCCAUGACCACCUACCUCACGCACCUCGGGAGCACGAUGCACGAUGUUGACUUGUUUCGUCUUUUUGCCAUGUCAAAGGAGUUUGCACACAUUUUGGUGCGCCCCGAGGAGCAGGCACAGCUGCAGUAUUUGUUGGAAAAUGCCCCCAUCGCCGUUCGGGAAAGUCGCUACACCCCCUUGGCGAAAAUUAACAUACUUCUGCAGUGCUACAUCAGUGGUAUGCAUUUGCAGGGCCUACCGUUGAUGAGCGAGCUUGUCUAUGUGAAGGACUCUGCCCAACGUAUCUUCCGUGCUUUGCACGAGAUCUGCCUGGUGCGUGAGUACGGCCGCACUGCGCGUCAGGUGCUACACCUUUGUCUCAUGGUGGCACAUCAACAGUGGAUGGUGCAGUCUCCUGUGCGACAGCUGCGUCACACCGUCACCCCAAAGAACUUUGCUUCCUUCAUUCACACACUAGAGAGUCGUCGUGUUUCGUGGGAGGAGGUGCGGACGUGGUCACGUGAGGAUCUCGCCGAGAAGCUGAGCGACGAGCGCCGCGCUGAGUUGGCGUACGAAUGCAUUCAUCAAGUACCACACUUUAUGUUGGAGGCGGCCGUGCGACCUCUCACUCGUAACAUGUUGUACGUCGACGUUGACAUCACACCAGACUUCACCUACAACGAGGAAUUGCACAGUCAGACGGCCGGGGACCUCCUCCUCACGGUUGAGCACACCAAUGGCCGCAUCCUUCACCAUGAGCGAUUACACUUGAUGAGGGAGACUCUUCGUGACAGCGAACCAUUUUCCGCUCCAACGAUUGUGGUGCCCAUUGUUGAGCCGAAGCCGACGCACUACUUCGUACGCUGCCAGUCGUUGUACUGGCUUGGGGCGGAGUGCUCCGUCGCCGUAUGUCUGAUGAACGUGCGACUACCCGAGAUUGCCCCGCCGUUGCUGGAGAUGCAUCAACGUCCCUCCACCCUGGAAGAUGAGACGAUACGCGACGUCUCCGCGACGCUGCAACCGUACGGCUUAGAGGCUGCUGCAGAGAAGGUGUUCCCCUUCACCGAGUUCUUCCCAGCGCAGCGGGACCUCGUGGUACCUGUUAUGGAGCACCCCACAGAGAACGUCUUCGCAGCGCUACCGCCCGGCGGUGGUAAGACGGCCAUUGCAGAGCUCUUUAUCUUGCAAUUUUUGCUGGAAGGGGCUUUGUUAGAGACACAGCUUGAGGCCUGCGAGGAGGCGCCUGUGGUGAACAGUGCCGUGCCCGCAGCGGAGCGACAACUUUUGUACCUCACAGCCCAUGAAGCGUGUGCCACGCGCCGCUUUCAAGACUGGCGGUUUAAAUUUGGUGAGGGUUUGCAACAGCGGGUGACAAAGUUAGAACCUUUUGGGGAGGAGACAUCGGCAAAGGUGGAAAAGUUCCGUCAGGCUACUAUUAUUAUUGCAAGUGGUAGCGGUUUGGCCCCGUUGAUACGUCGAGGGGCGGCGGAUUGCCUUGCAGGCGUUACCCACAUCAUUCUCGAUCACGUGCAUCUUAUUCGUGCGCCGGAGGGACGUUGGAUGGAGGAAUGCCUGGCACGAUUGCUUUCCAAGCCGUACUUGGUGAACAAUGGACAAAAGCCGGCUCGUCUCCUUGCCCUCUCGUACCCACUGAUCAGCUGCACUGAGGUGUCGCGGUGGAUGAAGAUACCGGCAUCGCGGCAGCACAACUACGGCAAUUCAUACCGUCAAAUACGUGUACGUUUAGAGGCUUUGGAGCAGGGAGGGGCCCGCAGUCGAUAUGAGGCAGCCACCGUUUCUGCAUUGAAGGAGCUACAGAAAGUGCGCUAUGCAUCGACACCAAAUGUGGUGUUUGUUCCCACCGCGCGAGAGGCCGAGGAGCUUGCCAAACGCAUCGUCCUCCGCUGCCGAGACUUUAUCCCCAAUGCGGGCUGUGAAGAUGUGGAAGAUCAAGCGCUCGCGCUGCUGCUCUCAGCUGGUGUGGCCUACAUGCACCGGGGGACAAGCCUCUUGGAUGAGUUGAUUAUCAUAAGCCAGGUAGAGAAGCCAGUGCGACACCCGGAAACAGAGGCGGUACUUCCGUUAGUGCUUGUCUGUACGUUUGAGGCGGCGUGGCGGUUGCCGGCUGCAUUGUUCGGGACGGCAUUUGUCUGCGCUGCAGAGCGUUUUGGUGCUGCCAGCACCGACGUCAAUGCGUCUGGUGGCGACUGCGCGGUGUCUGAACUUCUCCAAAUGACUUCUCGGGCGCUCAAUGAGGGGGUUGUUUACUGCCGCGCUGCACGGCGUUGGGUGUGGAGCAAGCUACUGAAUGACCCACUCCCACUAGAGUCGUAUCUACGAUAUCCAGACGACUUCCGUGAUACCCUUAACGCUGCUGUGGCACAGGGGCGAGCUAGUGACAUGCCAGGCGUUUUACGCAUUCUCCAGAGUCACUACUUUUUGUACCACUUACGCACAAACCUGCAUUUCUACGGUGUGCCCACGAAGGACGAUAUCCCGGCGUAUGCCUCGGAGUUUGCUCGGUCGGUUAUUGCCUCCCUACAACAGGUGGGUUGCGUUUCUGUGACGGAGGGUGAUGAGGAUGUGACGGUGACGGUUUGCCCAACAGCGCGAGGCAUUGCGGUGUCGCAUCACGGUAUCUCGGUAGAAACAAUUGAGGCCAUUGAGGAGGUAGCCUCAAGCACGCGUGCCGCUACUGUGGCUGACGUGUGGCGGCUGAUUGCUUCCACUUGUCGUGAGUUGACACCAGAGUACGUGGGUGACGCUGCCCGCAUCACAGAUGCUGCUGAGAUGCAGGCUUUGCAGAUAAUCGCACGGGUGUUUCCCAAAGGGUAUGACAUACAGUACGUUGACUUGGACUUUGGCAAGGGCUGGACGAAGGUCCAACUGCUUGUCCUUGCACACUGUGCUCGGAUGUUUGUAGAUGAGGCUUGUAUAACUACAGAGGACGAGGAUGAUAAACGAAUAAUGGCCGCAAAGCACCCCUUCGCUUCGCCAUCGACGGCGGCUAUUGACCCGCAGCUGCUUCUUGACAUCCCCAGAGUUGUGGCAGAACGGUUGCGGGAGGACCUCUACGGCCUUCUGCCGUCCGUGCUGAAUGUGGUACGAGGUGCGUGUGAAAUAUUUGACGCCAGGACUCAAUGGCGGCAGGCACGUUAUUUGAUGCGUCUCUCCGCCCAGAUCGAGCGACGCACCUGGGGAUUUGAAGACCCGUUAUUGCAACUCUCCUGUGUGCAGAACUCAAUGGCACUACGCGAGGUGCUGAUGGCUGCAGGAACGGCGGAGGCGUCAUGGUCUCUUGUGCGCUUGCAGGAGCUUUGUGCCCAACCUGAGACGCCAGAAGCGGAACUUGCAUGGAAGACACUCUCACACACGUUGGUGACAGCGUUGCAGCGGCGUGGCCUCGUAACGAAUGCGGCAACUGAAGCUGAAGUUCUUUUGGGGCGCCUGCGUGCCGAGGCCGCGGCGUUGCCGCGUGUCAUCGCGCUCACGGCCACAGGAACCGUGGAAGAGGUGAAUGGCGCGCACGUCUUCGUGGUGCAGGUGGAGGGGCGCAUUGCAUGCAUGGUACCACCCUUGUCGUGGCCGUCGUCUUCGUCGCCUGCGGUGCAUGACGGCGAGUCACUGGGUCCGUGGUGGAUGCCGUGCGUUGUGCAUCAUCAGGGGCGGCCCGACGUGCCGGAGCGUCUGCUGGCGUUGCGUGUGGUGACACCAGUGAACGUGCCUGACGGCGCUGAUGUGGCAGCAGAGGCCGAAACCAACAAGAGGAGUGAGGCUGUGCUAGCGGCAGCCGGCACAAAAUUAUCACCGCUUUGGCGUAUUUCUGGCACACUGUCGUUUCCUCUGCAUGACGUGGAUGGGGAGGACUUGGAGACGCUGAAGAUGACGGUGGCGGUGAUCGCGGCGCGUUACGUCGCGGACGCGGAGGUGGACGUCGUCUUCACCGCCGAGUGA